GCUUUGGAAACAUCUCCCCACGCACACAAGGUGGAAAGAUAUUCUGUAUCAUCUAUGCCUUAUUGGGAAUUCCUCUGUUUGGUUUUCUGUUGGCUGGUGUUGGAGAUCAACUAGGGACAAUCUUUGGAAAAGGAAUUGCCAAAGUAGAAGAUACAUUUGUUAAAUGGAAUGUCAGUCAGACAAAGAUUCGCAUAAUUUCAACAAUAAUAUUCAUACUGUUUGGCUGCGUGCUGUUUGUUGCUCUUCCUGCAGUUAUAUUCAAGCACAUAGAAGGCUGGAGCACACUAGAUGCAAUUUACUUUGUGGUUAUCACUUUAACUACCAUUGGAUUUGGUGACUAUGUUGCAGGAGGAUCAGAUAUUGAGUACCUAGAUAUUUAUAAGCCAGUGGUGUGGUUCUGGAUCCUUGUUGGACUUGCUUACUUUGCAGCUGUUCUCAGCAUGAUUGGAGACUGGCUAAGAGUCAUAUCAAAAAAGACAAAGGAAGAG